AUGGCACCGCCUCGUUACACAAACCAGUCCUUAAAUGGUCCCUAUCACAUCCCACAGAAUCACUUGCAGUCACAUGCUUCCUCCCAUCAGCAUGGCGCACUCCCUCCCCCAACCCACCUGGGUACACCAUCCUUCGGUGCGGGUGGCUCUUCCAACGCAAGUCCCUUUGCCCUUGCGGGAAACCUCAACAAUGGCUUUGACCGCAGCAUGCUAGACACAGGUCUCUUACAAGCUCAGAUGGGUCAGAUGGGCUUCCCACGGGGCGGUCCUGUUCAAGCGCAUCAACCAUACGACCCUCUUGGUGGUCCACUCGACAAUAAAGAUGAUGCCCGCAUUCGAAAUGUAUGGAAACAUAACUUGAAGGAAGAGAUGGCUACAUUGAGGCAGCUUGUUGAUGAAUAUCCCUACAUUGCUAUGGAUACGGAAUUCCCAGGGAUAGUUGCCCGACCCAUUGGACAAUUUACGACCAAAGCAGACUAUCAUUACCAGACCCUGCGUUGUAACGUCGACCUACUCAAGAUGAUACAACUAGGUAUCACCCUCUUCAAAUCCGAUGGAUCGCUGCCUCCACCUGACGCGACUUCGCUACCGAAAUCCCAAUUCCACCAGAACUUAGUCCCUACUCCCUGCACGUGGCAGUUCAACUUCAAAUUCUCUCUCGAAACUGACAUGUACGCGCGCGAAUCAACGCAGAUGCUCACCAAGGCCGGUAUUGAUUUCGAUCGUCACGCUAAACACGGAAUAGACCCGAACGAUUUUGGCUCCUUGCUCAUCAGCUCAGGCCUUGUGCUAGAGCCCGAUGUGCACUGGAUCAGUUUCCACUCUGCCUACGACUUCGGUUACCUGAUGAAGCUCAUGAUCUGCAAACCGCUUCCAGAAGACGAAGCUCAAUUCCACAAAUAUCUCGAAAAAUUCUUCCCUUCGCUGUUCGAUAUUAAGUUUAUCCUGAAGCACACAGGAGUCAAGGGCACUGUCAAUAACAAUCAGCCUCUCACACAGGAAGCGACCAUGAUGGUCCAGCGAAUCAUGACUAAGUCAGGUCUCCAGGAUAUUGCAGAAGAACUUGCCGUUGCUCGGAUCGGUCAAGCGCAUCAGGCUGGCUCUGACUCUCUGCUGACGGGGCAAGUCUAUUUCAGAAUGAAGGAAAGAAUCUUCAACGGAACGAUUGAGGAGGAGCGUUAUCGGUCGCAAGUUUGGGGUCUGAAUGCCCAAAUGCCGACUGCAGGAGGACCUGUUAGUCGUGAUUUCAAUACCCCCAAUAUGAAUGGUGCCACCUUCUACAAUCAGAAUGGAACACCUACAACACCGCAAACUGGCAACAUUGGCAUGGCUGGUGGUCCGUCCCACACACCUAUCCCCUCCAAUAUGGGCAGCAUGACACCCGGAGCAUUUGGUAAUUUCCAGUACCAGAAGGCAAUGAGCUAG